AUGUCGUCUUCUCACAAAAACAAAAGGAUGAAAAAAUCUUCCCUUGAUAGGAUUACCUUGCAGCCGCAAGAUUUAAUUCUCUGUCAAAUUCUCCUUGAUUUGAGAUCGUCGAUUAUAAGUGCCGAUAUAAUUAGCGACUUGCCGGAUCCAAUACUUUGUCACAUUCUCUCCUUUCUCUCAACCAAACAGGCUGCAACCACUAGCAUCCUCUCAAAGAGAUGGAAAUCGGUGUGGCUCUCGGUCCUCUCUCUCGACUUUGAUGAUCAAGCCUUCAAAGUUUACGAUAGUUUUCGCAGAUUUGUUUACACAACCAUGUUCACUUUGCGAGACAAGAAUGUUUCAAUCCAUUCAUUUAACUUCAAAAGUGGAAGAUCUUCUCAAUUCACACAAAAACAAUACCAUAGAAUUUUUAAAAUGGUGAUGCAAUAUGGACUCAAGAAUCUUAACUUCAACAUGUCCAAUAAAUUAGGUACUACCAAAUUACCCCCUCGGAUUUUCGGUUUUAAGAUGCUUCAAGUUCUUAAGUUGACCAACAUACAAAUGGGAGAUUUUGAUAAAGUGGAUUUUCCUCAUCUUAAAACUCUUCAUUUGAAUAUUGUUUGGUUCAAAAAUCAUGAAUAUAUUGUGAAGUUUCUCUUUGGUUGUCCUAUUCUAGAAAAUUUCAAAUCAUGUUUAUACUUCAACAACCAUUCUAGGCACCAUGUAUUGAAAGACUCGGGUAUUUUACCUAAUUUGGUCGAAGUGCGGAUUUCUGGUGUGAAUACUCCAAUGGUUUUAGUUUGUAAGGCGAAGAUUUUGCAUAUGGAAUAUGUAUGA